UGUUUUAUACGGUUUUUGGGGGGGUUAAUUAGUAGUGUUUGUUGCUUUAUAUGUUUAUUUGAGCAGUUAUACGGUUCUUAUUUAUUAAUAAAUGCGUGAAUUGGUGUGCAACUCAUUUAGCCUAGUAGCAACAUGAUUCGACUCGGUUGCGAUGGUUACGUCCGAAGACGACGAAGAAGAAGAAGAAGAAGAAGAAGUGUACACACUGGCGGUGCGCAGUAAACAGUAUGUCUGAGCACUAGUCAGGCUCUUCCCUACUGCUGCAUGGCUUGCUCGUGUACUAUUUUGACACACAACUUACUACGAUAGUAAGCGGUUUUGGACAGCAGAUAUAUUUAUACAGCCCUGCCCUAUUGGCCAGCACGAACCGGCUGACAAAGCUUCUACUCCAGCACUAAUAUUAAAAAUAAGAGGUCGUGUCAGCCCUUUAUGGAGGAGUUUGGAGGCAUUUUAAAGGCUCUGAUAGAGCUAGCCACUCCGCGUCGGGGGGAGCUUCUCCUCUCUAAAGCCUGCUUCCGUCUGUAGUGGCGUACAGACGCAAUCUUAAUCAACAAUCUUCAGGUUUAAGUAGAAGACGUUUCUAGGAGUUCUUCUGUGAGGCUGUUUCUCUUUUUUUAGCAUUCACUUUGUUCUUGAGUGAAAGCGCCAUCUGUUAGAAUCAAGUGUUUGGAAACCUGGUGCUUUUCUGGUGAAGACGUGGGCAAAGGAGGCGAUAUUUCAGAGCGUCCUGGUUGCCUGGAGAUGAAGCUGCAGGCAGUUAUGGAGAACUUGCACAGGCAACAGCGGGCCAGGCUGCUUAUGGAGAUGGAGCAGCAACAGCAGCAGACGGGUUCGUGUCAGAGCUCCUCCCCCACAGGUGAGGAGCUGAAGCUAAGCUCCACCUCAGACACAGAGCGCACUCAGAUAGCGGCUCUGGCAGCCAUGAGGGCCGUGGCUGCCGGACUGCAGAGAAGGCCAAUGGCUGACAGUCCUAGGUCAGAGCACAGCACCGCCGGAGAGGCGGAUGAAGUAGAAGGAGAUGAGGAGGAGGAAGAGGGAGAGGAGCAAUAUAAAGACAUGAUGGGAUCUGACGAGGAGGAGCAAAUAAAGCAGAAGUGGGACGAGGAUGACUUUGAGGGGGAGAUGGAGGAAGACUACGAUGAUGAUAUGGCCGAGGAAGGCCUGCAGAUGAGCCGUGAGGCCAUCACCCCGGGCCGAGGCAUCCUGCUGCUGCCUCAUCGUCAGCUCCAUCCUCAGUUGCUGAAGGCCCGAUCAGGGCUUGAAACUGAACCGCGGGCCUCAAGUUUCCCAGCUCCUCCCUCUCAAGGCCAGCAACAUGGCCAGGACCACACCGACUGGACCUAUGAAGAGCAGUUCAGACAGCUUUAUGAACUGGACAGCGAUCCCAAGAGGAAAGAGUUCCUGGAUGAUUUGUUCAGCUUCAUGCAGAAGAGAGGGACACCAGUGAACAGGAUCCCCAUCAUGGCCAAGCAGGUGCUGGAUCUGUAUAUGCUCUACCAGCUGGUGACGGAGAAGGGCGGCCUGGUGGAGGUCAUCAAUAAAAAGUUAUGGAGGGAGAUCACCAAAGGUCUGAACCUGCCCACGUCAAUCACCAGCGCUGCCUUCACUCUCAGAACACAAUACAUGAAGUACCUUUACCCAUAUGAAUGUGAAAAGCGGGGUCUCAGCAACCCCAAUGAGCUCCAGGCUGCCAUAGACAGUAACCGGCGUGAGGGACGGCGCCAGGCUUUCGGCGGCUCCCUUUUCACCUACUCGCCCAAUGGGGCUCCCACCAUGCUCUCCUCCCCUAAAAUCUCUAUGCCCAGCAUUGGUAUGGCUGUGGGCACCAGCGAUACCUCACUUUCCUCCGCUCAAAAGGUCAAGAAGGAAGAUGAUGUCAGUCAGUCUCUGACUGCACAGGCCAGCAGAUUGCCUGGCACUCUAGCUGCUCAGUCAGUGGCAGCAGCUCAGGCAGUGGCGGUGCAGGCUGCCAUGGCCGCUCAGGUUGCUGCACUUGAGCAGCUGAGGGAGAAGCUGGAAUCCGGCGAGCCACCCGAGAAGAAGAUGGCGCCUCCUACAGAGGACCACCAGCGGCUCCUGCAGAGGGCACUGCAGCAGAACCUGCUAGCUAUGAGCACCCAGAUGCCCAUGAACAUCCGCAUCAACAGUCAAGAAAGCAGACAGGAUUCUGCCCUUAACCUCACCAUGAAUGGCCUGAAUAGCAUCAGUAUGUCAGUGGAACUCAACGGGGUCGUCUACACUGGUGUGCUUUUUGCUCAAGCUACUGGUUUAAACUCCUCAGGAACAGCAAACAAAACGGCUGGAGAGCGCAGUAACUCUCAGCAGCUUCCUUCCUCUCAGACGCCUACCUCAUCCAGCUCCACCAACCCGUCACCCUAAACACCUCACAACCUCCCGGUCUCAAAGCUAGCUAAAGCCAAAAAUCAACCUCAUUUUCUAGAGCCUAUGCCAAAAAAAAAACUAGCAGUAAUAACAAGUUUCCAGACCACUUGACGUACACUAUCUCAGGUUCUCUUUUCUUUUAUUCACUCUUUUGUUCAGUAGCCAAAAUGAACUAAAAGAGUACAGCAACAAAAGAGAGUUACUUGGUUAAAACAGACAUAUAAUAUAUAUACAUAUACAAAUAUGCAAAACCUGUGAAUAAUUUAUUUCUUUUCUGGGUACAAAAUACUUGGAAUUAAUAGAGAAGUUGAAUCUAGAAAUGGUAGCACACUGUUUACACACUUUAAUCACCUCCUGACUGACAAUGAAACUUCUCGGAAAACAUUUUAUGAAUGAAUGAGUGUUAUAAAACCAUAAUGCAAAUAAGGUUCUAAAACUAUACAUGUAUGGUCCAUGUAUAUCUAGAGUGCCUUGCUGAACAUCUCUUCACCAGUUUUUUUUUUUUUUUUUUUUGGUGGUAUGAGCCACAAGAGACUCAGUGAAACCCCAACGAUGAUGAUGAUGAAUGUGUGCAACUUCAUGGCUGUUUUCUGAUACCGCAUGCUGAGUGCCUGACCACUUGGCAUUUUGGAAAGAAUAGUGGAAACCAUUUUCGAGUCUUCAGAAAAGAAAUGCCAAUUAUUUUAUUUGUAAAAUAAAUCUCAUUGAAUAGACACAUUAUUUAGCAGGGCAGAAGAUAAUACUGCAUUAUAAACAUUAUGGAGGAUAUAUUUUUGCAAGCCAGAGUAUACAUGUCUGUGUAUAUAAACCAUGUUUCAGAUUUGAAAACUCUUUUGAACAGGUUGAAGAAAAACACGGCUAAAAAAGGAAUUUCGAAAGGUGUUUAUUAAGUGGCCUAGACAAGCUAAAAAAAAACAACAAAAAAAACAGUUGUCUAUAAUUCACCUGUUAAAGAUAGGAAAUGCAAAUGAGUGUAAAGGAUCCUGUCUGCUAUUAAUCGCUUUGUUUAGCUAAUGAGCAAAUAUUCAGGAAACACCUUUGUUGUAUCAUCUAGAAUCAAUAGAAGGAACUUACUUGUUCCUCUGUAUUUAAAAUAUUAUAUUUUAAGCAAAACCACAUACUCCUUGAAUAUAAUAGUCUGUUUCUACAAAAUAUUUGUUAUACAGACACUUACAAAAUUUGCCAAAUUCAUAUAUAUAUAAUAUAUUCAUUGUUAUUAUGCAGAUUUGUUGUUGUGCAGAAUUCUAUAUAUUUCCAUAAUUGUCUCAUUGAACACAGAAAUCCUAAGCACACAUCAUUUGGUUCCCUUUUUCAGGGCUGAAAACAUUAUAUUUGAGAUCUACAUGAAAAUAUACUCCUUUUUUUUUCUUCUCACUCGCACAAUAGAUCUUAAAAAAGAUCUAUUCAUUGGGUUCAGCGGUUCACUGACAGUGUGUGAGCUGAAUGUGGCAUAUUUCAAACUGUAGGCUUAAUUAUUCUGCAUUCAUUAUGGCAGACAGUUAAACAUCACUGAGCUAGCACUGAAAUCAGUAUGUUUUAUCCCAUAAUGAACAGCUUUGACCUGAAACUUGGUUACAGCUAACCUUUUUGUUGUUGUGAAUUGUCGAGUGCAUUACACAAACUCACGGAGACGAUGUGUCAAUCAGAAAACAAUACUUGUACACGGUUUCUUCCAGGAUUAUGCAUUAUUCUGAUUAAGUGUUGUCAUUUGUGACUGGACUUUGGGGGACAUUAUCUAAUCAUUAUGUGGUUGUGAUGCUUUUUGUUGUACUAACUUUAGUGUUACACUAUAUUCAGAGUCAGGUAGCUUAUGGAUUUUACAUUUGACCUUCUAUUUCAGGUAUAUAAUGGUAUGGCUAGCUUUCUACCACAAUGAAAUAGAGAAAUUUAACAGUUCCUAUAAGUAGCAUUUAAGCUUUCAAGACGCACUAAAGCUGGAAAAGUUAAAUGAUGGUAAUAAUGCUAUGUUAUACGUGUCCAAAACUUCAAAACGGGCAAUAUUUCAUUUUUGUCCUUGAGCUUUUGACGGCGUUUUCUCGCUCUUUUUCAGCCUUAGCUCUACUGUAUCUUAUACGUUGGCUCAUUUCUUCUUUGACAUUAAUUCACUGGCGUAUAGGUUGCUUCAGCAUCUGUGCAAGUGAAGGUGUCUGUUAUUUAUAAGAAGUAAAAAGCUUUUCAUUAUCAGGAAGUAACAACGUACCUCAUAGCUUUCUAGGCAUGUUAUUAGACUCACUCUAUCUACCUCACACAUUCACUUUACUCAGCUCACGUCAUCAGGCAACACCAUUAAAUCAACCACUCUACACACGCAGAAGAAAAAAAAAACCAGGUGUGACUGGAUACAGUAGUUUGGUAAUUAGAUUUCAUUUGCAGAGCCAGUUAAAAAAAUGGUUAAAAUCGCACUUAAUGUACAAUCUGUGCCACUUGGAGAGCUUUAUGAGGCUUCGUAAGGUUUCAUAACCACACGUAGAAAUCUUGUCUAGGGCAUAUAGUGCUAUAACUUCUAACUUAAUUCUAACUUGUGCUCUGUCCUUUUGCUGUGUCGUAUCUCUGAUUGAGGUGGCAAUUAACAGAUAACAUGCUGCCUUCUAGUGGAUAGAGUGCAAGGUGGUGAUAUUUAUUUUAUUGUCAACAUACAAUCUCCAUUUCUUGUGUUAAGUUACUAAAGAGCUGGGAUUUGUGGAUUUGAAGCGUUCCCUUCUCCUUGUGAGGGACACAUGAGAAAAUCUAUCUUGCAUUUUGAGCUUUGGAAUAUUAGAUAUAGCACCAUCACCAUGUAUUGGGGUAGUGUUUUGUUAUGUAUCCUCAACCAUUUAGGAUCAAGGGUAGAAAGAAAAAAAAAAUUACAGCUAUUGAUAUUUUACAUUUGCUCCAGUCACCAUCUAGAAGUAGCUAAAGAUAGUGUGACAAGAAAGUGCAUUUAUUGUAAGAAGAUUUUUUUGAACACCUUUGAAAUGUGGAAAAGUACCCAAAAAUGAAAGAUCGCAUUGACAAUUUUGACUUCACUGUAUUGUAUAUUGCAAAGACAACCAGAACAGCUCACGCUUAUUAUAGGAUGCCUUAUGCUUUGACAAUUAUUUUUUUUUUUUUCUUUCCAUAGAAUUUAAUGUUACACUAAGAGUGUUGUGGUUUUAACAUCUAGACAUUGUUAAAAUUUUGUGGUUUUUGAGGUUUAAAACAAUGGCCAUGAUAUAUUUUUAAGGUUCCAAGAGCUAUGUCCAAAAGGCGUAACAUUUUCUAACUGGCCACACUUGUGCAAGCGUGCGGUUUCUUUUCUGGAAAGCUUAUCUUGCAACAAGUGCUUUAUGUUAAAAGGAGAUGUGACCAUUAGAGAUGCUGGAUCUGUACCAGCUGUGGAAGAGAUAACAAACGUAUUUUCAUACACAUAUAACCUUUUUUUUUUUUUUUUUUUUUUUUUUUUUUUUUGAAACAAGGCAUUUGACAUCAUCUCAGGAAAUAAACGUCUACCUCCACAUCUAUGGAUAUGUUCAUUUUUAGGGAUUUUGGUACACUUAGUACACAAAAAUAUAAUUCUACCUUUUAUAAUGGUGUUAUAGAAUGUCACUUGUAUCACUGUUGUGUGUGUGUGUGUGUGUGUGUGAGAGAGAGAGAAUAGCUUUUCUUUAUGGGCUGUUCUUUUGGUUAUUAUUUUAUUAAUUUUUUUUUUUUUUUUUUUUUUUUUUUUUUUUUUUGAUAAAACCUUAACAAUGAAACUUAUUCCACUCAAAUGAGUUACUCAAAACUAGAAGUAGGAGUAGGAGUAUGCGCAUUGCUGGGGAUUGCCUAAAUUAAUAAUUUAAAUAUGUGUUUAAUGUGUUCUUUGAAAAUGCGUGGCUUUUGCGGUAUCUUGAGGGAUUGUGUCUGACAGCUUCCUGACACCUCUGACUUAUUUCUCUUAUUUAAUCCCAAAUGUGUUUGUGUGAAUUAAUUUUAUUUGAAAUAUGAAUAUAUUAAAUAUAUCAUUUUUGUUUCAAGGAAUGUCUACAGAAGUGCAGUUUAUUUGCUUAACAGUCAGAGUUUGAAAUUAUUCAUACAUUAGAUGACAUCACUGUUUUAUAAAAAUGUUUUGAAUGUGAAAGAGUAAUAUACUGCUUAACAAAAACCAGUUUUGUAUUUCAGAUUAAUGCAAAAACAGUUUCACAAAUGAAAUGGUUCUUUCUAAUGACAUGAGAUAUAUGCAGCGCAUGUUUGAAGGGUGGUUUUUUUUUUCUCUGCUAAGCGUUGUCCUGCUUGCUCAUGUAUAGUAGGCUAUACAUUUGUUGCUUUCAGUUUUAACAAAGAUUUACUGUGGGUUUUUUUUCUCUUUUUGUUUUUAGAAGUUUACAUUUUUAUAACUGUCUUGUGUAAUUAUUAUAACUUCAGAGUUCCAACUGUAAACAUUUGAAAAUAUAAUAAAUUCAAAUCUGGUUUA